AUGCGCACAAAUUAUUUCUGAGCUUGUUCACAACCUAAAAUAAUUAAUUUCUUAGAUAAAAUAAUUUUCUGUUUAACAAUUAUUGAUAAAUAAUAACUUAAAAUAAUUUAAAAUAAAAUAGGAAAAUAUCAUAAACACAAUAACUUACAAUAAAAAUUUCUUGUAUAACCUCCAAAUCUACUCUUUCAGUGUUUCGACUAUAUGGGUUAUUCUAAAGCACACACUGCAAGUCCAAGGGCAUUCUUAUUAUCAAUGUAAACAUGUUGAAUAUGACGUCACCUAUUUGAUUAGCAUUGUAGUCCCUUUUGAAAUACGUUCGAGUGCUGUGCAAUAAGUUGAAAUAAAAUUUCUGACUUAAUUUUGGAGAGCAGUAUAUAAGAAUGUAUUUGAUGCUUUUCUGUCAAUUUUAAAUUCAAUUUCACAAUAAAGGUCUUUGAACUGUAGAAUUUGGUUAAUAAAACUACUGUAUAAUUACAGAAACUUGUCUACAUGUAAUGCAUAAAUACAACAGUUAUAUCAAUGAAAUUGAUAUAAAUUGAAUACGAAAAAAACCGUGGAUUUUAUAUAUUUAUGAUGAUUGAUUUAUUAGUAUUGCUGCAAUGCAGUAAAAUGUAGUUUACUUUCCUAAGAGGAACAGAGUUUAUUCACUAUGGGACUCAUUUGUACACUAUAGUCUUCGUCAUCAAAGAUUAUCAAAUUAGCUGAGCCUUUCCGCUAGCAGACCUAUAAUCUCACUAAUUAUCCUAGCAUGCGUGUUAGAGCUGAGGAAAAGUUUGGAUAACCCGUUGAAAACGAGUGCUCUUCACAUACCAUCAAACAAAAACCAGUAAUUCCUCUAAAAUGAAUAUAAAAGUUAAGUUAAAUCAUUCAACUUAAAUGGAGGAUUGAAUUUAAUUAAAUUUACAAUUAACACUCGUAUUAUUAUUACCUUUUAUUUAUUACUUUUUAUUCAAAUUUAUUCACAUAAAUAAAUUUCAAUAAAUAAGUAAAUAGUCAAAUAGUUUUUAUGUGUGUAUGUGAUAAAACAGAUAUUUAAAUAAUAAUAUGAAGUUAAUUUACGAAGAUACUUUUACGAAAAAAAUUUUCAACUUAUCUUUAUCAAACAUUGAACAUUGUCUAGUACUAUGACAUUAAAAAAAGAAUUAAUUGAUAUCAUCAUGAUAUGAUAAACAAAAAUGUGAUGAAACUUUUUUCUAUUCUCCAAUACUUAUCACACAAUCUAUCUGGUGGCUGUUUAUCUGCAUCUCUUUCACCCUGGACAAAAGUCUUAGAGUCGACUCAGCAAACAAUGAAAUUAAGAAGCCCGUAUCAAUUGCUUUUAUGAGCCUAGUUUCCAUCAUAUCCGUCAGACAUGUAUACCACCACCAUCACCAUCAUCUAAGAAGCAAUGCUUAAACAUGAUUUCCCAGAUAAAUGUCAAGUGAAAUAAAAGGAUAUUUAUCGUACAAAGGUGCCAAUCACUCGAGCAUUUUCUAGGUUUCAACAAUGUUAUAGUGAACAUUCCAUGUCGUUGACUUGGAAAUGACCGGAAAAUUUGACUCGCUGAGGUGAGAGUAGAGGGCUCGCAGAAAGAGACAGAUUAGCGGUGGUGAGUACAAGAGAGAGAGAUUGGUGAGAAGGAGAAAAGGGAGACAAGCAAGAGAGGAAGAAAGCUGACUGAUUGUGUACAGUAGAUGAAGAGGACGCUUGCGCGGAGCCCGGACGGGCAGUGCCACUGGAGCCCGGCGGUUCAGAGCUUCGCCCGGGACGUCGGGACGACGAGCACCAUACCCACCCGAAAACGUUUUCAUGUUCUGAACGCGAUUCUUUCAAGCUCGUCGCUUGUCUUCAUUAAUUCGUUUUCAGUUACGUAUUUAUAUCCAUACUCUUAUCGAAACUGUUUUAUCAAUGACUUUUUUAUUAUUCAAAAAAAUACCUAUAGACAAUAUUUAAAUGUUUGAUAGAAGAAAGAUUAAGAAUAAUAAAAAAAUAAUUGUGAAACAAUCAUAAUAAUAAUCAUCAUCAUUUUAAGAAAAAGACGAAGAAGAAAAAGAUAAUAAGUAACAUAGAAAGCAAGAAAGCAAAAAGAUAACUUGUCUUGGAUUAUGUGAUUGGUGUAAUUGGAUAAAAUAAUUUAAGGGUGGUUGUGAGUAAUGAUGUGGAUAACCGGUUGAUAUUGAAAAUAACGUUGAAGCGAGGAAAGAAAAAAAAAAGUGACGGCUAGUGGUGAAGGAAAUGUGCCGAAGGUGGAGCGCGCACUGAGAUGAUAGUCCAGCCAUGGUCCUCGUCGUUACCAUGAGGACUUCUUCCUACAUUAACUAUUAUGUGCUUUGUCUUGUCUGUUGGAUUCUUCUUGGAAUCACCGGAGUAAGCACGAGAUCAUACUCACUAGUGAGAAGACACGCGGGUAUAUAUCAGGGUCCAUAUUUCGACGAACAUAGUCCAAAAAAUUGUACAGCACAAUUGGGGACAAAUACUUUUUUACCUUGUAAAGUCCGUCAACUUGGGAAUAAAUCGGUUUCAUGGAUAAGACGAAGAGACGCACAUAUUCUGUCAGUUGAUAGGAUCAUGUUCAUCGCUGACGAGCGUUUUCAGACUAUAUACGUUGAUGGAUCGGACACCUGGACUCUUGGGAUCAAAUAUGUUCAAGCAAGAGAUGAGGGCGAGUAUGAAUGUCAGAUAUCUACUGAGCAAAAGAUGAGCCACACUGUAUAUCUCAGUGUCAUCGUGCCAAAAAUUGAAAUAAUGGGUGACCAAGAACGACAUGUAAAGACUGGAAGUACAGUAACAUUGCGGUGUGUCAUCAAUCAAUCAGUAGAAGCACCAUCAUAUGUAUUUUGGUAUCACGACGACAGUCGAGUAUUGAGUGAUCAAUAUGGAAAAGUUUCUAUUCAUCCUCCAGAACGAACGGAAAAUGGAUUUGAUAGUGUACUCACUAUCCAUAAUGCUAAACUUGAAGAUUCGGGAAAUUAUACGUGCAGUCCAAGUAAUUUAGACAGUGCAAGUAUCCAUCUUCAUGUGCUCAAUGGUGAACAUCCUGCAGCUAUUCAACGAGGAAUAAGUGCAGCACCUGGAGGUUGUCGAGCACUUUGGUGGCUUGCAGGGUCUGUCAGUUUGUCUUCUAAUCAAGGCAAACGUAUAUUUGUCCUUAUUAUCCUUCUCAUUAUGGUCCUUAUUACCAAUCCAAGAUCAAUUCAAUUAGGAUAUGCUGUGACACGAUAAUCAUUCAGUCCUGCUUAUUCCUCUUGCUUGAAGAAACCUGAGGACUUGCCCGCAUACUAAAUUUGCUAUUAAUUUUAUUUUUCCAUCAACGCCCCCGAUUAUUAUUUAUUUAUUAUUAUUUCAAUAGAUCCUGACUGUGAUUACUUGAUAAGUGCAUGUUGGAGACGAUUAAUAUUGAAUCAAAUCUGAGAAAAAAAAAACGUCAUAAAAGAUAUCAUCUUGGUGGUGAUUAAAUCAAUUCACCUCAGCACAGACUUGUCCAAAAAGUCUUCCCGAAGUUAUAUUUGCUCACGAACAACCCAAGUUGCCAUCGAUUUUACUAUUAGGCGCGACGAGCUUCCGCUCCCCACUGGGGUAUUUCAAUUCGUCUACACUUCCUUUAAGGAAGACUCCUCCCCCGGUGUUCCACAAACUCAAGUGGCAUUACAACGGUACGGACUCCUGUAAAUUUCAUUACUACAUCAAGAAACUUAAUAUCUUACAUAUUGCAUUUUGAUUUUGCAUAUUAAAUAUUAUUGAUCAACAAUCAUAAAUUGUUUAUUCCAUAUUUUUAUAUACUUUAAUUAUUUUUUAAUAUAAUUAAUAAUGACUACAUCAGUUUAAACAUUAA